UACGCGCUCCACCUCGCCAUGGCGGCGCUGGUGGGCGCUUCCUUCGUGGCCGUCUCGGCCUACUACGUGCACCGGAAAACCCUCAGCCAGCUGCUGGAGUUCGCGCGGUCGGUGGAGCGCGAGCGGGCUGCCGCCGGAGGUGGCGACGAGGACGGGGGAGUGGAGAUGGAUGGUGAGACCUACCGGAGGGCGUCCUUGCGGCGUGGCCAGCAGAAGCACCACCGCCAGAAGGGGGCGGGGUACUACCGCCGCCGCGAUGGGUCGGCGUCUUCGCCGGACGUGAUACUGGCGGCUGAGGUUGACGGGGAGAAGGCGGAGGAGGAGCAGAUGCAACUGGCGAUGAAAGGGCCGUUCUCGGUGGUGGCGGCCACGGAGGACGACCACCGGAGCCUGCCGACCUCCCCGGGCCUGCCGCAGCUCCACAUGGUCUCUGAAGGUAACGAGCAAUGUGUCCAUGUGAAUUCAAAUAAAAGAGCUGGACAUAUCAGACCAGCUUCACCCAGGUCUCCAGUUGCUAGUGCCAGUGCCUUUGAGGGCGUGGAGGGAUCAGAUGAAGAAGAUAAUCUGUGCAGUGGCUCUAAACUUGACAAUACCUACUUGCACACAGAUGGACAUAUUGGACCAGAACAUAAAAGCAUAUAUCAUCCUGUGCCUAUUCAAAUAACUGAUAAUGGGGAUUCAAAGCCUUUAGCUGCAGCUAGCAUGAUUAGAUCUCAUAGUGCAUCUGGUAAUCUGCAUGGAAUCCAGCCUGACCCAGUAGCAGCAUAUAUUCUUAAAAGAGAGCCUGAACAAGAAACAUUUGUCAGACUGAAAAUUACACCAAGUGAGACACCGGAUGCGGAUGAAGCUGAGGUCUACAAAAUUCUUCAGAAAUGUCUUGAGUUGCGAGAAAGUUAUGUCUUCCGAGAAGAGGUUGCUCCUUGGGAGAAGGAAGUUAUAGCUGACCCCAGUACGCCAAAGCCUGAUCCUAACCCAUUUCUCUUUAUGUCUGAGGAGAAAACAGAUCAUGUGUUUCAAAUGGUAGAUGGGGUCAUUCAUGUGUAUGCAAAUGACUCAAUGGAAAGUCUUUUCCCUGUGGCUGAUGCUACAACAUUUUUUACGGAUUUGCAUUAUAUCCUUCGAGUAAUUGCAGCAGGAAAUAUCAGAACUGUAUGCCAUCAUCGGUUGGGUCUUCUGGAGCAAAAAUUUAAUAUUCACUUGAUGCUCAAUGCGGAUAGAGAGUUUCUUGCUCAAAAAAGUGCACCACAUCGUGAUUUUUAUAAUGUCCGGAAGGUUGACACUCAUGUUCAUCACUCAGCAUGCAUGAAUCAGAAACAUCUGUUGAGAUUUAUAAAGUCGAAGUUGAGGAAGGAAUCUGACGAGGUUGUAAUUUUUAGGGAUGGCACUUAUCUGACUCUGAAAGAGGUUUUUGAGAGUUUGGAUUUGACUGGGUCCGAUCUCAGUGUUGAUCUGUUAGAUGUCCAUGCUGACAAAAGCACUUUUCAUCGCUUUGACAAGUUCAAUCUUAAAUACAAUCCUUGCGGCCAGAGUAGGCUGAGGGAGAUUUUUCUUAAGCAGGAUAAUCUCAUCCAGGGUCGCUUCCUUGCUGAGCUAACAAAACAAGUCUUUUCUGAUCUUGCUGCAAGCAAAUACCAGAUGGCUGAGUAUAGGAUAUCAAUAUAUGGAAGGAAACAAAGUGAGUGGGAUCAACUUGCAAGUUGGAUAGUGAACAAUGAAUUGUAUAGUGAAAAUGUUGUUUGGCUGAUUCAGAUUCCUCGGUUAUAUAACGUAUACAAGGAAAUGGGUAUAGUUACAUCAUUCCAGAACAUCCUUGACAAUAUUUUCCUUCCCCUUUUUGAGGCCACUGUGGACCCAGAAUCGCAUCCUCAGUUGCAUGUUUUCUUGAAACAGGUUGUGGGGUUGGAUUUGGUGGAUGAUGAAAGUAAACCUGAAAGACGCCCAACAAAGCACAUGCCCACACCAGCUCAAUGGACCAAUGUCUUUAAUCCCGCAUUCUCUUAUUAUGUCUACUACUGUUAUGCCAACUUAUACACAUUGAACAAGCUUCGCCAGUCAAAGGGCAUGACUACUAUCAAAUUUCGUCCGCAUGCUGGAGAGGCUGGUGACAUUGACCACCUUGCUGCGGCAUUUCUUGUUGCUCAUAAUAUUGCUCAUGGGACCAACUUAAGAAAGUCCCCUGUUCUUCAAUACUUGUAUUAUCUUGCUCAGAUUGGUUUGGCAAUGUCUCCUUUGAGCAACAACUCUUUGUUUCUCGAUUAUCAUCGGAACCCUUUUCCGCAAUUCUUUCUUAGAGGCCUAAAUGUGUCUCUCUCAACGGAUGAUCCUUUGCAAAUACACCUAACAAAAGAACCUUUGGUGGAGGAAUACAGUGUUGCAGCUUCACUAUGGAAGCUAAGUUCAUGUGAUUUAUGUGAAAUUGCUAGGAAUUCUGUUUUACAGUCUGGGUUUUCACAUGCUCACAAGUCACAUUGGAUUGGUAGAAGUUACUAUAAGAGGGGUCCAGAUGGGAAUGAUAUUCAUCAGACGAAUGUACCUCAUAUCCGAGUUGAGUUUCGCAAUAUGAUAUGGAGAGAGGAGAUGCAGCAAGUUUAUCUGGGCAAAGCAAAUUUGCCUGAAGAAGUGGAAAAGUGACAUGUUCAUUGCUGUAUUAUAUUCUGUUCUUCAUCAAUGCUCAGUUUUCUGGUGAGCUGUACAUCUUAAAAAGGAAAUGAUAAUCUUAUUAUAAUGCUGUGUUGGAUUUGGACGAUAAUGUCUUAUUGACUUUAGACUUAAACUGGCAUGUUCUGCCCAUUUGUACCCCGAAAUCCCUGCUCCCUCUCUUUUGCUGUAGAGAACGGUGGUUCCUGGUUAUUCUAUCAUCCGUUUCAGAUAGAGAUGCCUGUACCUGAGCAUGAGAAGUCAGAGAUGGGCUUUCUUGGGAGUGGGGAGUUGGAAACAAGCUAUACGAAUCCUGGCUAGGACAAAAUACUAGCUGUAGGUUGGAGGCUGCAAGAAUGACGGAGGCUGGUGCAUGAUCUUUUUGCUCUGAAUGGAGGAUCUUAGAAAGAGCAAUAUUGAUGAAUCUAAUUGUACGAACCCUUUAAAAACUUGUGGACCUUCUUUGAUAUAUCAGCAUUUUUUUCUACGACUGGUAGUUUUUCCUUAAAAGGACUCCUUAUAGACGCGUAUACAGACCUGCUUAUUUAUUUAUUCAUUGUUAGCAAUAUUACUGAAAUUUUGUUCUAUUUUUCUGCAUUAAUAGCUUAUGAAAAGGAGCCAGUAUUAUGUUUCCUCUU